UGCUUAUGGCACUUCAUCAUCCCAAUAUUGUGACGCUUUAUGAUUGUUAUCGAAAGGGAAAACAUUUAUUUCUUGCUAUGGAGUUAAUGGAUGGAGGCAAAUUGACAGAUUUACUGAUCCCAUCGGAGGGAGAACCAGUAGAAUUUACGGAGGCACAGCUGGCAACACUGAUACGAGAGGUACUUCGAGCUCUUCGGUGCCUCCAUAACGCUAGAUGCGUCCACCGCGACGUAAAGUCUGAUAACGUUCUCUUAUCUUCAAAUGGCGAAGUAAAAUUGGGGGACUUUGGCUUUGCCACACUUCUUACUUCUCCGGGAGGGAUGCGCAGAACACUCGUUGGGACACCGUACUGGAUGGCUCCUGAAGUCGCAGGUGGAAAGGCGUACAAUGACAAGGCCGAUGUGUGGAGUGCUGGAAUUCUUUUUUUGGAAAUGUGUGAUGGACAACCACCGUUGAUGGGCAUGAAUCCCAUGCGAGCGCUUCUUACAGUGAGCACGGGGCCACCGCCAGUUAUGAGAACGGCGAACCGUUGGUCUUCACUAUGCAGAGAAUUUGCGUCAUUCCUUUUAGUAAAGGAUCCUGCGCGGCGUCCCAGUGUUGAUGACGCCCUAAGACACCCCUUUAUUGUAAAAAAGGCGGAACCAACAUGUCGGUUUGUGGCAACCAUCCUGCAACGGAGGAAAUAG